GUGGCCAUCGGGAAGCAUGAGGAGGAGCUGCUUGCUGGGAGUUGUAGUUCUGCUUCCUGUGUCAGGCUGCUGGUGGCGUCGGCCGGCCUGUCUUUGGUGAGCUGCCCUGCUAGGUUUCCGGGUGAGGUGUCUGCCCUUCCUCUGCAUGGCCGGGAGCUGCAGAGUCAUCAGCGCCUCGAUAGCUCAGCUGCUGCUGCGGGGCCGGGGAGCCGCACUGCUGUGGAGAGGAAGGCCCGGGCAGCAGAGCUACGUGGGGCGGGCGGGGAGAGUGUGGGGUCCUGGGCAGGAGAGCAGAAGGCUGGAGAACUCGUUCUGCAGCAGCACCCAGGAACAGACCAGUUCAUAUGCAAACGAAUAUCCUGCCUUACCAGAGUAUGAAACAGAGGUUAUAGGCAAAGAACGAAGCGAGAUGUUCAUUGUGCGUGCUAGAGGAUUGCCAUGGUCUUGCACUGCUGAAGAUGUGCUGAAUUUUUUCUCUGGUUGCAAUAUACGGAACGGGGAAGAUGGAGUGCAUUUCAUGUUUAACAGAGAUGGCAAACCACGAGGAGAUGCAGUCAUAGAGCUUGAGACAGCAGAUGACUUGGCAAAAGCUUUAGAACAGCACAAAAGGUACUUGGGGCAGCGCUAUGUAGAAGUGUUUGAAAUGAGCCCGAAAGAUGCAGAGUCACUGUUACAAAGACUGCAAGCUGUCAUGUCACCCACUACUCAGUCCUCUCUAUCACAGUCUGGACAGUCCAUGUCUGUAACGCCAAAUGACAGCACGGUGCGGCUACGUGGUCUUCCAUAUAGCUGUAGUGAACAGGACAUAGUCAAUUUCUUUUCAGGUCUGACCAUAGCCAAUGAAGGCAUAAAUUUUGUCUUUGACCAGAGGGGACGUAAGUCAGGGGAGGCAUUUGUACAGUUUAUUUCUCAAGAACACGCAGAUCAGGCACUUUUGAGACACAAGCAGGAAAUAGGAAGCAGGUACAUUGAAAUCUUCACAAGCCGGAGAAGUGAAAGUCAGAGUGCUAAUUUUCCUGUUAGAAGAAGAAAAGCGUUUGAUCCAACCAUGAAAGACCUUUACGACCCAAACAAUCCUCAUAGUAAUGAAAAUAAAGACAGACAAGCUGAUUUAUCAAGUGAGAACAAUCACAUGAAUGAUUAUGUUAAGGACAUGUCUGGAAAGUGUAUGGAUGCUAAUGAUUUCACAGUUGUAUCACCAGUCCACGAUAUCCACAUUCGAGGAAUCCCAUUCCAUGCUUCAGGGCAAGAUAUUGCAAAUUUCUUCCAUCCUGUGAUGCCACUGAAGAUUAAUAUUGAGUUUAGCGCUGAUGCAGGCGGUGCCUCUGGGGAAGCGGUUGUAAGAUUUUUGACUCAUGAGGAUGCUGUAACCGCCAUGGCCAAAAACAGAUGCCAUAUGCAACAAGGAUACUUAGAAUUGUUUCUGAAUUCAUCACCGGAUGGCAAAUGAAAUCCAUAUUGGCAGUUCCGUUGCACACGCACAAAAGGACUGAACGAGAGUAAUUUCACCACCUCAUAUGCCAUUCAACAGAAAUAAAAUCUUUAUACAUACACAGAUAUUUGUUAUCCUGCUGAAUGUAAAAGGAUAACUGGUACUAAUUCAGCAGGAGACAAGUAAAAGACAUCCCCCACUAAAGUGUACCCAUUCAAAAGUAAAUAUUGGUUCUGGAAAAAAAAUAGUUCCGAUUGGAAUAAAUGUUGCAAACCAGCUGUGUAUUCUUGUUGUUUCAUCAAAGUGCCUAAGUUUAAUACUGAGAAUGAUUUGCACUGUAAUGCCUCUUGCUUAUAUGCCGAGAAUGAAAAGUGAUUGAAGUCCUAAAUCCUCCUUUUUUAGUUGUAAAAACAUCCAUUGGUAAAUGGUACAGUAACAGGCAAUGAUCAAUUGGCAACUGUUAAGGAAGGAAUAAAACACUUAGGUGAUGUGGAUUCAUUCCUUGCAUAACUGAUUAGCAAUGAAAUCUCAGUCUAUGUAAAAGUUACAUGAAUAUAGUAGUGUUUUAGGGUGGGGAUGAAGUGGAAUAAACAUGAAAUACAUUACUUUUUGCUGUUGUCUUGAAUACUUUUUAUUGUCUACUGUGGUUGUAUGUUCAGACUAUGCCAUUAUUAAGGUAGCGUCUAAUAAAACAAAAUUACCAUA